AUGGGUGUCAUUCGUAAGAAGACGGUCACGAGGGGUGAGGGUGGUGUGAAAUAUGUUUGCGACGUUUGCUCAUCGGACAUCACAUCAACGGUUCGCAUUAGGUGUGCAGACCAAUCAUGUUCCGAUUUCGACUUAUGCGUCUCCUGCUUCGCCAAAGGGGAGUCUCGCAAUAAUCACGACCCCGCCAACCAUGAGUUCCGGGUAAUUGAGCAGAACUCGUUCCCCAUUUUCGAACGCGAAUGGGGUGCGGACGAAGAACUCUUGCUUUUGGAGGGCGCCGAAACGUACGGUCUUGGGUCAUGGGCGGAUAUUGCCGACCACAUUGGCGGGUUUCGCGAGAAGGACGAGGUUCGCGACCACUAUCUUGAAACUUACGUCAACUCCCCGAAUUUUCCGCUGCCGAAACGAUGCAGGCUGCACGAUUGUGAGCUCGCAAACGAAGUGCCCCGAGAAGAGUUCCAGGCGCAAAAGAAGAGGCGGAUCGAGGAGCGGCGAGAAAAGUCCAAAAGCGCGCCAGCGUUGCAGCCCAAAACCAAACCCACCGCCAGCGUGCCCAGCUGUCACGAAAUCCAGGGCUUCAUGCCGGGUCGUCUUGAAUUCGAAACUGAAUAUGCCAACGAGGCAGAAGAGGCCGUUCAGCACAUGCAAUUUGAUCCUGGCGAUGGCAUGAACCCGCGCACUGGUGAACUCGAACCGGAGAUGGAGCUCAAGCUCACCGUCAUGGAUAUUUACAACUGUCGGCUGACGCAACGUGUGGAUCGCAAAAAGGUCAUUUUUGAACACGAUUUGUUAGAAUACAGGGAAAACACCAAGAUUGAGAAAAAGCGAUCAAAGGAAGAGAAAGAUAUGUUACAAAAGGCCAAGCCUUUCGCCAGGAUAAUGAAUCACAAAGAUUUCGAGGACUUCAACCAGGGAAUUAUCGAUGAGCAGAAUUUGCGCCAAGCCAUCGCCCAGCUACAAGAAUGGCGCAGCUUGAAGAUUGGGGACUUGAGAAGUGGCGAAAAGUACGAAACAGAAAAGGCUGCUCGGAUACAAAAGGCUAUUCCCUUGGGGUCCAUGGACAGAGAGAGGCUUGCCAGCAACCAACGAUCAAAACAGCAAGCUGCGCCUGAAGCACCCAGCGGCGCGUCGCUUCUCGUUGCCCCGGAACUCGCCAUUCGUCCUGCUCAGACGAAUGGCGAGACCAUCAAUGGCGAGAGCAAACCCCUAGUCAACGGGCAUGCUAAUGGGAUGAACGGGGUUGACGGUAUUCAUGGCCAGGCGCCGGCCAGACAAAGAUACACACCGCAGCCUAUUUCCGGUGUGCAACCUCUUCAACUGAACCAAGACACUGCAGCGGACCUGCACCUGCUCACGCCUGACGAAGCCAAGCUGUGCGAGAUUAUUCGACUACAGCCCAAGCCCUACUUGAUGAUCAAAGAGCAGAUACUGAAGGAGGCGCUCAAGACCAACGGGACGCUUAAGAAGAAGCAAGCCAAGGAAAUAUGCCGACUUGACUCACAAAAAGGAGCCAGAAUAUUCGAUUUCUUCAUCAAUGCGGGAUGGUUAGGAAAGGCCUGA